AUGCUCUUAUCCCAGCCCUACAACACUUCUGACGCAGACAUCAUCCUCGGCAACGGGCACUUCAACGGGCACUUCAACGGGCACUUCAACGGGCACUUCAACGGGCACUCCAACGGGCACUUCAACGGGCACCGGGCGCUCCUUGAGUCCAACAAGCAAGUUGAGCACGCAAAGCCCCCAAUCCACACCAAUCUCCAGCACGGUCAGUACACCCUCUCCGGAGCCCCCGGGCCGAAGCCCCAGACCGAGACACUUUAG